GCUGGAUCUCCCGCGCUGCUCUGUGACCGCGAAAGCGACAAGAUGGCGGUGCAGCCGCGCGACCGGCUGAGCGGCGCGGACGGCGGACAGGAUAGCGGCGCCUUUGUGGCCUUUUACAGAUCUAUGCCCGAGCAACCUGCCACCACAUUCCGCGUCUUCGACCGCAGCGACUAUUACACGGUGCACGGGAAAGACGCGCUGUUCGCCGCCAAAGAAGUUUUCAAAACCAACGGUGUCAUCAAGCACCUGGGCUCAGGAAGCAAUAAGCUGGAAAGUGUGGUGCUGAGCAAAAUGAACUUUGAAUCUGUGGUCAGGGAUCUUCUGUUAGUCCGGCAAUACCGUGUGGAGGUUUAUAGAAACAAAGCUGCCAGUAAAUGCUCAAAGGAGAAUGAUUGGCACUUGGCCUGUAAGGCUUCUCCAGGUAAUCUCACACAGUUUGAAGAGAUUCUUUUUGGCACCAAUGAUAUGUCUACUGCAGCUGGUGUAGUUGGCGUUAGACUGGGCACUGCAGAUGGGCAGAGGUUAGUCGGUGUUGGCUACAUCGACUCCAUACUCCGGAAGCUUGGUGUGUGCGAGUUCCCGGACAAUGAUCAGUUUUCUAAUCUGGAAGCCCUGCUGGUGCAGAUUGGGCCCAAGGAAUGUGUGCUUUCAGGUGGUGAGACUCCAGGAGACGGCACAAAACUCAGACAGAUAGUGCAGCGAGGAGGCAUUUUGAUUACAGAUAGGAAGAAGAGCGAGUUUACAAAUAAAGACAUAGUGCAAGACCUGAACCGGCUACUGAAAGGAAAGAAAGGAGAACAUGUGUCAAGUGCAGCUCUGCCAGAGAUGGAAAAACAAGUUGCCAUGUCUUCUGUAUCCGCUGUGAUCAAGUAUUUGGAGCUCUUGUCGGAUAGCACUAACUUUGGUCAAUUUGAGCUGAUCACCUUUGAUCUGAACCAGUACAUGAGGUUGGACAAUGCAGCAGUCAGCGCACUCAAUCUUUUCCAGGGCUCAUCUGAAGAUGCAAGCAAUACCCAGUCACUAGCUGGUUUAUUGAAUAAGUGCAAGACUUCUCAGGGACAACGCCUUGUCAACCAGUGGAUCAAACAGCCUAUGAUGGACAAGAACAGGAUUGAGGAGAGACUUAACCUGGUGGAGGCAUUCGUGGAAGACACGGAGCUUCGGCAGAAUUUACAGGAGGAUCUUCUUCGGCGCUUUCCUGACCUCAAUCGCCUGGCGAAGAAGUUCCAGCGUCAUGCGGCUGUCCUGCAGGAUUGCUACCGGAUUUACCAGGCUGUCAACCACCUCCCAAACGUGGUGCAGGUGUUGGAUAGGUACCAAGGAGCACACCAGAUGUUACUAAAAGCUGUCUUUAUCUCCCCAUUGACUGACCUCAUCACCGAUUUUGCCAAGUUUCAGGAGUUGAUUGAGACCACAUUGGAUCUGAAUCAGGUGGAAAAUCACGAGUAUCUGGUAAAACCAUCAUUUGACCCAAAUCUAACUGAACUUAGAGAAAAGAUGGAUGACCUGGAGAAAAGCAUGCAGUCAGCUCUCAACCAAGCUGCCAGAGAGUUAGGUCUUGAAGCUGGAAAGACUGUGAAACUGGAGUCAAACGCUCAGUUGGGUUAUUACUUCCGCGUCACCUGCAAGGAGGAAAAGGCUCUUCGCAACAAUAAGAAAUUUAAUACUAUAGAUAUCCAGAAGAAUGGAGUCCGGUUCACAAAUGGUAAGCUGAGCUCCUACAAUGAGGAAUACGUGAAGAACAGAGGAGAAUAUGAAGAAGCGCAGAAUGCAAUUGUUAAAGAAAUCAUUAAUAUCUCUGCAGGGUAUGUGGAACCUCAACAGACUCUAAAUGAUGUGAUUGCACAACUGGAUGCAGUGGUCAGCUUUGCCCAUGUAGCUAAUGGAGCCCCUGUGCCAUAUGUGAGGCCGGUAAUCCUUGAAAAAGGUCAAGGUCGGAUUGUCUUGAAGGCUUCCAGGCAUCCAUGUAUUGAGGUCCAAGAUGAUGUGGCCUUCAUACCCAAUGAUGUUACAUUUGAAAAAGAUAAACAGAUGUUCCAGAUAAUAACAGGUCCCAAUAUGGGUGGUAAAUCAACAUAUAUCCGACAGACUGGUGUGGUGGUUCUGAUGGCCCAGAUUGGUUGUUUUGUACCCUGUGACUCUGCGGAGAUAAGUAUUGUUGACUGCAUCCUUGCUCGGGUUGGCGCUGGUGACAGUCAACUCAAAGGGGUUUCAACAUUCAUGGCGGAAAUGUUGGAAACUGCAGCUAUCUUGAGAUCAGCAACUGAACACUCACUGAUCAUUAUUGAUGAAUUGGGAAGAGGAACCUCUACCUAUGAUGGCUUUGGCCUGGCCUGGGCCAUAUCAGAAUAUAUUUCCACCAAGAUUUGUGCAUUUUGUAUGUUUGCCACUCAUUUCCAUGAGUUGACUGCCCUGGCUGAUCAAGUACCAACAGUGAAUAACUUGCAUGUGACUGCCCUCACCACAGAUGAAACACUAACCAUGUUAUACCGUGUGAAGAAAGGUGUUUGUGAUCAGAGUUUUGGAAUUCAUGUGGCGGAGCUUGCUCAGUUUCCCAGACAUGUCAUUCUUAGUGCCAAAGACAAAGCCCUGGAGCUUGAGGAGUUCCAGAACACAGGGAGUACCGAAGAUUUUGAUGAUGAGCCAAUGGCCAAGAAAUCUCGUCAAGAAAAGCAGGAUGGUGAAAGAAUCAUUGCUGAUUUUCUGUCAAGCAUCAAAGCUUUGCCCAUUUCUGACAUGUCUGAGGAAGAGGUAAAACAGAGGUUGGUGAUGCUGAAAUCUAAGGUGCUGGCACAGAAUAACAGUUUCGUCAAUGAGAUGAUUGCAAAGUCCAAGGUCAUGGCUUUAAAGUAAACUUCAAAGUGAAAGAAAUUAUAAAUUGAAAUCAAGCCAAAUAACAUGGACAAUCAUGGGAAGAAUAGAUUUCUUCACAGUGAACGCAAACUAACGUGUAAAACUGUCAGGUUCAUAAACUGUGCCUGUGGGCAUUAUUCUUGGCUGUGUCUAAGUCGGUCAUGUUAUGAAGAGUUUGAGAGGUGCAUCACCCAUGCUGAAGGCCAGUGUAAAAUUGGAGUCUACGUAGUGUGCUUUUGCUUUUGCUUUUUUUUUUACUUCAUUUAUUCUGCAUACUGUAUCUGCAAUGUGAGUCACAUUGCACUUCAUUUUGAUAUGGUUUUCUUUUCUAUAGAUGACAUUUAUAAUAAAAUUAUUAAAAAUCCCCA